AUGGAGCUUUUCGAGACCAACCCCUACUUCUUCCCCGACCAGCGCUUCUACGAAGGGGGGGACAACUUCUACCAGUCCCGGCUGCCGGGCGGGUAUGACCAGGGGGGCUACCAGGAGCGCGGGGGCUCCAUGAUGGGGCUGUGUGGGGGUCUAUCUGGGGGGGUCGGGGUAGGGGUGGGUGGAGGUAUGGAGGACAAGGCAUCCUCCUCUGGUCUCUCCCCCCACCCGGAGCCCCAAUGCCCCGGCCAGUGCCUACCCUGGGCCUGCAAGCUGUGCAAACGCAAGACUGUGACCAUGGACCGACGGAAAGCGGCCACGAUGCGGGAGAAGAGGAGGCUGAAGAAGGUGAACGAGGCAUUCGAGGCCCUGAAGAGGAGCACCCUGAUGAACCCCAACCAGAGGCUGCCCAAGGUGGAGAUCCUGAGGAGUGCCAUCCAGUACAUUGAGAGGCUGCAGGCACUUGUCUCCUCCCUCAACCAGCAGGAGAACGACCAGGGAGCACAGGGCCUACACUACCGCACCGGACCUGCCCAACCCAGGGUGAGUAGGAGACAGGGACGGAGGGAGGGAGGAAGGGAUGGACGGAGUGAGGGAUGGAGGAACCACAGCAACCUAGAGUAG